AUGACGUCGCAGCCAGCUACUCCUAGCGCCAUCGCAGUCUCCAGAGAGGAUGUGAACGGCGACACAGUUAAUCACCUUCGCCAGCGCUUGCAUGAGGCCGAACACACCAUUACCGGGCUUAAAGCGACGCAAGAUUUCGUUGUGGCCCAGAAUGCGGAGCUCAAGAAAGAAAACAACCAGUUGCGGGAAAACAUGGCCGUACUUCGAUGCCAAAACUCACGGGCUGGUAACUCUAGCAAUGAAACCAUUCCAGUCGGCAGCAUAACAAUGAGCCCAGACGACUUGAAGAAACUCCAGGGCAUUCUCAAGGAAGUGAAACGGCACGGCAGCGAGCUUCAUCAAAAAGCAGGAGAACUUCGCGACUCUGUGCUUCUCAAACAAGAGGAUUUCAGUCGAAAGCGACGACGCACAGAUUCAGACACCGACAAAAAUGAAGAAGAAAACCCUGCAAUGCAAUUUGUCAAAUCGUGCAAACAGUACAAUACCCGGACAACCCGCUGCACUGUUGCCUUUCAGGGCGCAAUCAAACCCUUCAUCGAAGACUUGAGUCGUGCAUAUGAACCAAAGUCAUCAUUGCCUCACGAAAAGAUAAGGAGAAAUCUAGCAGAUUUUGCUUACUUCAGAAACAAACCUGGGUGGCAUUGUCUUCGAGAGGUCUGUGAGAAAGGCAAGCUCUCGACUGAGGCUAAAUCCUUUUCCGUUUGCACACUGCAUGGCUCCGAUUGCGAGUUUCUUAUCUGGAAGCAGCAGAGCCAUCCGGGUAACAUCAGUUUUACAGCAUUUGGAGAUUUCGAAAACUCUGCUAAGUAA